CUAACUCAUACAAAAACAUUUAACUACAUUCAUUUGAAUGAAAGUCAUAUGCCGAGCUAAACCCCCUUUCCCCCCCAUCUUAGAUCUGAGCUCGUGUUGUUUUUUAAACGAUUCCCAUUCAUAUGUAACUUUUUCCAAGAAAAGUUACACUUUUUUGAAAUGCCCCUUUCGUCAAAGACGCCCAGAGCUAUAGCUGACAUCUUUGAGAGUCCAAGCGAGGAUGAAGACUUUCACGGUUUCGGAGUCUGUGCCACACUCGAGCCGGCUUCAGAGGACAGCCGGGAUAGCUUGUACUCUGGGGAUUCCGAGAAGCCGGUUCUGUGUUUCCGGUCAAAGUUCAUCACCACGGAGCUGUUUCGUAUGUUCACCGAGUCAGACGGAGAGGAUGAGGAGUUUGAGGGCUUCAGUGGGGAAGAGGGGAGACUCAGUGACGGUUUAAAUACGCUGUCUGUGGUGUCAGAGGAGGAGAGUGAUGUGGACACAGGAUUCUACUCUGACGGAGAAGAGUCAGCUCCACCAAAGAGGAAGAGCCUUUGUGUGGCCUUUAGGUUUCCUACAAAAAGACUUUCUGCCCAGAAAGUUCCUGAUUUACGCCAGCCAAUCAGAGCAGCCCAUCCAGAGCGGAGAGCCAGUGAGAGGACAAGACUGAAAAGGGGCGUGGCUGAGGUGGGCAGUGGACGCGUCAGUGCUAGAGAGGCAGGUAAAAGACUUCCUGAGAGGAAAGAGGAAGAAGAGGAGGAUAGUGACGAAGUGAAGAUGGACAUCCGCCCUCAAGUUCUCAGCAAACGGGACAAGAAUAUUCAAGAGAACAAGGCCAUGCUGGCCAAGCUGUUUGCUGACCUGAGCUCCGUGGCUGAACUGACCCCUUUAACCUCCCCCAAGAAAAGGCGUGUGUCUGAGAACCCGUCUCCACGGAAACGAGCGUGCAUGGCGACGGAGGGGGGCGGGAGAAAGAACCCGUCCAGGAAGGCCCGCCCCCCUGAGAACUUUGGCGUGGAGAAGAGGAGCGAAUCCCCUACCAGGCUGAGCAGACCUGCCAAGAUCAUAGACAUCAGGAAGCUCAUAGAGGUGGACGACGAGCUGCGUGCGAUGGGCAGCGUCAGGAAGAGGCGGAGUGGGGGCGGCAGGAAGCGGAGGAGCGAGGUGAGGCCGGUGGACGACAUCACUCAGGAGGAGCUGGACAACGUGGCACAGCGGGCCAAAGACAAGAUCCUGGACAAGGACCAUGGAAGCACGUGUCACCAGUGCAGACAGAAGACUCUGGACACCAAGACGGUGUGUCGCAGUGGGUACUGUGUUGGGGUCAAGGGGCAGUUCUGCGGACCCUGUCUGAGGAAUCGCUAUGGAGAGGAUGUGUGUGACACCUUGCUCAACCCGACAUGGGAGUGUCCGCUCUGCCGGGGCAUGUGCAACUGUAGUCUGUGCCGGAGGAAGGAGGGUCGCUGUGCCACAGGAAACCUCGUCCGAUUGGCCCAGUACAACGGCAAAAGCAACGUCCACCAGUACCUGGAAAGUAUUCAGAGGGAUCUGAAGUGAAGACGGAUGACUGGAGUACUAGACUAGGAGUACACCUGCUGUAUGGGUGUUGUCGAAAUACACACUGGACAAACUGGGAGAGUCUCACACACACACACACACACACAGCAGAACUGUUGCACAGCACCUCACCCCAUUUUAGCCCACACUUUACUGUUAAAAGUUUUUACUUGUUUUUAUUAAAGCACUAUCCUUUAUGAUCCUAAAUCCUUAUGAUUUAAACAAUUUUAAAGAGUUUUGUAUGUGGAUGCACACUGUUUUGGAUAUCAAUGUGAUACUUUCUGAAUAAAGUUUAAAAAAUCAAAAGGAAAAAAAAAAUCUUUACUACAUCACAG